GAGAGGGAAGUGCAAUUUCAACUGCUACCUGCACAACAGAGAUAAGGACCAGGGCCUAUUUAAUCAGCUUGUUUUUUUUUGGUUUUUUUAAUCGUAAUACCGAAACACGCAAAUGUAUGAACAAACUGCUCUCCUAGCCAAACACUGCUUACUUAGCCAAACCAAACAUCCUAAUAGACAAAUAUAGGUUUCAUGUAAGGAAAUCUACCAGAAAGAAUAAGGACCUGUCCGAAAUGAGUCUUCAAGACCUUUUUUUACUUAUUUUACUUAUUUUACUUGUACACAGAAGGUGGCAGAUUAGUGCUGGUGUUGGAUACAAAGCAGAUUCAUAGUGACACAAUUAGAUUUGAAUACAUUUUUGAAUUAAUUGAUCAGGGUCUGUAGGACACUUUUGCCUGCACUGAAAUAAUGGGAAAUAGAUGUCAGAGGAGAAAGACAGAAAUGUUUGAAUUCCUCAAUAUGCUGUGACACCGGUAACAUUGCUUGUCACACUGCUAUGAUGUGCUUUGGUAUUGUUAGGAUAACAGCGUGUGAUGGCGGUGGAAGGGGCUGCUUGAAUCAGCUGGUGCUGCAGGUACAGCCAUGUUUAUCCAGCAGAGGGCGAUGGAGAGACAGUCCCGCUACUGAAAUGGAGACACACCUGCAGGAUUUGCACACACUAUUUAUAGCGGCAUGCAAAUGAGGGAGUGAUUUCAGCUCCUUUCAGAACUCAGAAUCACAGCCCCAUGUCUGCUUAUUGACCUGCAGGUGUGAGGAGGGCUAAACCAGACUGCAUGAAAAGUUUCUGUAUCAUUUUAAUACCUUGAAAGAAAUUAAAGGCAAUGCAUCAGCAUAAACAAAUGUUCUUUCAUUUUUUCAUAUUCCAUUUUGGCAACGUUUGAAAAAACCUAACCAAAGCGACACUGAAUGGGAUAUUAUUGAGUAUUAUAAAUUAUUUCUUUCAGAUCAUUUUGUAGGCCUGUUGCGCUGCUGAGGUGAUUAUGGUCAGCCCUGUGUGCUCUCCAUGUCUCCAUUGUGAGUGGGAGGGUAUCAUUAAUGUCAGUCCCUGAGCUCCUUUUAAAACCUGUGGGACAGAGAGCAGAGAGGAUGGACAGUGCACACACACCUGCUACACGUCUGGGGAGGGAUUAGCUCAUGGAGAACUGAUUCACAGUCUAAAAUAUUCUCUGGGCUAUGAAAUUCUGGUAAAGAUUUCUGUUGUGAUUGGGUGAGUGCAGAGGCUCCUCCCUCUGCCUCUCCCUGACCGGCCCCUUAUAUCUGGGGCCUGCAGCCUCUCCUCUCCUCACACUCCAACCUGCUCAUCUCUCAGCUGGACAGUAAGGGCCGUUCACACCACACACUGACAACAUGCUGGGGACACUCUGCACUCUCAUCGCUGUGCUCUCAUGUGUGAGUGGAGUGACAGUGGUGACACAGAAGCCUCCUGUUCUGACAGUGAGUGAAGGAGAUACGGCCACUAUGGACUGUAACCUGGGGACUGUGACUGAUAGUGCUGCUCGCUGGUACAAGCAGGUUCCAGGAGGAGUUCCUCAGUUUGUGCUGAGUUUCUACCAUGGUGACAGUGCUCCAACAUAUGGAGCUGGAUUCUCCCCCACCCGCUUCACGUCCAAUCAUCAGAGUAAAUCUGAUUAUAGAUUGAUAAUUAAUAAUGUGGAGGCAGGAGACUCAGCAGUGUAUUACUGUUAUACAUGGGACAGCACAGCUCAAGAGAACGUAUUCGGCCAAGGCACUAAGCUGAUUUUCACGGACUCUUCUCUUGCCGCGCCUACACUCUCUCUCCUGCCUCCGUCCAGCGAGGAGCUGAAGACAGGCAAAGCCACGCUGGUGUGCCUGGCGCAGAUGUCUGUUGGCUUCGCAGAUGUCAGCUGGACAUCGGGGAGGGAAGCCGUUACUGGCGAUGUUUUUACCAGCGCCGCCGAGCAGAAAUCCGACAAAAACUUCGGUUUGAGCAGCUUCUUAACCAUCAAGACCUCCGAAUGGAUUAAUGGCUGCUUCUUUACAUGUAAAGUAUCGGCCGGGUCUAAAACCUCAGAGAAAAGAAUCAAACAUUCUGAUUGCAGUGAGUAAACUUUGUGCUUUAAAGACUCACGUUUUAUCUCGCGUUGUA